UGUUGCUUGCUUUAGUGGUUCGUAUAGAUGACUGACCGUAUAAAACAAGUCCAAUAAAAUUUAUACAUUACCUGAUAAUGAAAAGACGUCAUUGACUGUGUAUCCAUGGGGCAUUGUGGCUGUGAACGCGAAGGCUCAGUUCAACAUGAAGCUUGGUAAUAGUCUACUUCGUUGCAGGUUUGCCAUUCUUUCACUUUUUUUAAACAAUCCCCUUUUUAUUAUGAAAUUAAUGCUUCUAAAGAAUAUGUAUUCCGUUGAAAUUCUUUCCAGGCACCUUUUUGCUUAUUGUGUAAUCCUGAACCUAUUGACGGAGAUCGUUCAGCACCUGUUGUUCUCUAACCAGUAUGUUUCGAUAUACUCUAGUUAGCAACGGUUUCAUUGUUACUGGCUGCAUCGCUAUUGCUAUACGAAAACACUGAAUACCGGUAGUGCAUUUUCAAUUAUAGUAUUCUGCUCACCGCCUAUGAUAUUGCCUGUUGCAGAAGAACCAUUGCUUAAAAUGCCCGUGUACUUUUCGUAUGUUUCAGUGUACCAGAUACAGAAGGACGAUGCCACAAGGUAGUUCAUAACUUUGCUAGAUGAGUGCUGCUGGCAGAAUGACGCGCGCAUUUUGAAAUGAAGAAAAACAGCUCUUGAUAUCGCCUAAUUUCCUCAGUUUACGAUCCAGCUGAAUAAGUUGCAGUGCAGAGCGAGCAAAUUUAUGGCGCUGGUAAUACUGAAUUUGAGCAUACAGGUCAAAGAUACUGCAAGCAAGCUUAUUGUCAUGUGGCAUUUUUAUAGUUACAGAAAGUUAACUGAGUACUGAUUAUUUGAACACUUUAUCACUUCAAUGCCAGAUUUCGUUUUUUUCACGUGUUUAUUAUCAAUAAUAACACAGUAGUGUUUUUAUGUUUCGAGUUACUAAGCGGCCUAAGAUAAGUUACUAAGACCUUGUAGGUUACCUAAAGAUAUAAUGAUGCAUCUUACUAGAAAUGUGCAUAUGCACAAUGCUCAUAGGGCCGCGCUGGUAUAUCUCGAUCGAAGGAAGACGUCAGGCCAAUGUUUCGAGUCCGCAGCUGGUUAAGGUCAUUGUGCUUAUAUUACAUGUAUGUCCUUUCGUUAAAGAAGCAUUUUUACAAGACAGAAUUAUGCAUUUUACAUACGUAUCGUAAGACCAUUUUGUAAUACAUGACCACGGAACUCAAGCACUAAAUUUUUAUGAUGGUGCUUUUCUGACACUUAACUUCAUUGAAAUGUGUCCGGCUUCGUCUGUAUAAACUAGUUACUGUAGUAACUAAUUCGUCUGUAUAAAAUGUUCCUUUCGCGAAAGCAACUAAUGGAUUCGCAGCAAUCACACAUAUCGUGUUGAUUGCUUUUCGUAUUUAUUUAUCAGCACACAUAUAGUACUGCGACGAACUGGGUCGUCAGUGUAUUAGAUACUUGGAAGUUAUGCUAAGAGAGCAGAGUUUAACAUUAAGCGCGAAAAGAGCACAUUACGCUAAUUGCUUUUAUUUAAUAGUUACCAACGUUUAUUAGUCAACACAGAGACGCCAGUUUAUACACCAGCAGCUACUCUUACCUAAGAGAAUUAUAUAUUAAACAAAAAUAGCUAGGUCAGGACAUCAAAACAAAAAGGUAAGAUUUCGUUCAACACUAGUUAGAUAUAACACAUCCUUGAUUUUUUUUUAAAUGUCUUCCUAGUUCCCAAUGGCUAUAAUCACACUUUAACGCAAAGAUCCCUCUGAUCAUGUUGUUGUCGUGCUAAUGAUGCAUAAUUUAAGCUUUUUGUUGAUACCUACCGUUUUUAUAAACAGUGGCCAGUGUCAACAGCAAUACUCGAUAUGAUUCUGGGUCACAACGCUUAAAGACGAUACUUGCGUAGCAUCUAAAUAUUAUAUAUAAUUUUAUAUAUAAAUAUUAUUGCAUCGCUGAGUGGUAGUUCAGUAAUCUUGAUGUUGCUUUCGGAUAGCACCCAGCGGACCUUUGUAUCACCUAGGUUUCUUGGUAGUUCGAGCUAUUUACAGUUUUCUAUAUUCCUAUAUCCCAAUUUUCGCAUGUAGCCGCCCUCGAAAUCUAGAAUAACAAUGAGCAAGAUUUUUGCAGGCAAAUGAGUUCGUAUAGAGAACUCAAUGCUCAAGCACAUGACCUAAAAACAUUCUUUGAAGGUCAACAAAGGCAACAGGCAGUGGAUUUGUCAGUGCCUUUUCGGGAAAUAGCCUGUGCUAACCUAUGUUUAGAAUUAACCGAGCAAUUGAGAUCCGACAAGCUACUGAGCAAUUAGUUCCCGUUAAAUCUGGUAUUUUGCAGUCUUCCUGAUAAACCCUUUAGCAUUCAUAGCAAAAAGCAUGUAUAAUACUUAAUCCAUAGAGCGUCCAAAACAAUUAUGAUUUGAUCUGCGUAGCUUGCCCCCGAGCCGCUAAUUCCAUCUAGUUGCCUACAAGUUUCACCAGAAAAGUGCACAAAUAAUUCUUUUAAACGGUUGCAAGUUUCAAAGAAGUACGGUACAUUUAAUAUGUUGUCCUAUUAAAACAUGCAGCAAAUUCGAAGCCGUGCGCGUUGUAAGGCAUGCCCAAAAUUUUUUAAUAAGGUUCGUCGGGACUCUUACUUGAAGUACGGUGGUUGAAAAGAGGAAAAACAAUGCCAAUUAUAAUUAGUUUAGCCACGUGAUCAUUUCAUCGGACUUAUACAGCUAUGAAAUCGAGUGAUCCAGCCGGAGAAAUUUAACCUGCUGAAAUAAUUAAACAAUGCCAUGUUGAGAAAAACAAAAUUGCGUAUUUAUGAGAGAAGUGACAACAUAUAGUAUCAAAACGUCAGAAUUGUUCUUCAGGUUGCUCCAAAAACUUAGUAAACACGGUUCACUUGGCACAACAUGUAUACUAGACGGCUUGUUUCUUAACAGCUCAAUUAUCACACACGAUAAGUGCAAAGUUUCUUAACAAUACGACAAAAUAAAUCGUUCCCACUGCUUCGGACGCUUUUAAAGUUUUCAUUAACUUCUACUUGAGCUCGACAAUUGAAGUUGACGAGGGUGGCCUUUGAACAUUUUGUGAAACUGCGAGGCACCCUUUAGCAUUCUGUGUUUGCUUCUUGUCUUUAUGAUUCGGAUAUACUUCCAUUCGCCGUAUUGCCCUUCAGUCGUACGUGCAUAGGCGUGUGAUAUUGCUAAAGCCAUGCAUCGCUUCCCAUGGAGUUCCUUGACAAAACUGAAGGGGAUUAAAUCGAUAUUUCUUACAACUGUCUUGUUUCGGUCUUGCUUGCUUCGACAAGUUUUCGCGCUACAAGUUGCCAAUCAUCCUCGCUCAUUACGAUCAUUUUCAGCUUAGGAAUGGAUUUUUAAGCAACGCCAGAUAGGCUAUAUCAAACUGAGCGCCCGAUGUUCCCCUAAAUUCAAAAGCAUCUCUAAAACAGGAUCGACGAGCGCACUCAGUCUCUGGUUCUCGUCCCAAGUGGUUUUUCAACACUACUUUUCCCCGUGGCCUAUCCGAUAACUUCAUUUAGUCGUUCUAGUGUGGUGAGAGAGCGCGCAACUUCUUUUCAACGUCGCAAACGGAACUCACCAUCAGCUGGUAGCGAUCUCCAGGUGUUUCAAACAAACGCCGACGAUUCAAUAUCGCCUUUUUUUUCGCUUACUCAUUGAGCAGCAGCAGCAACUCCGCGAUGGCCGCUAUCGUGGGAACAUCGAUGGAAAAUGAAGCUGCUUCUGUAAAACAACGACGCUUACAAGCAAGGUCAUCAAAAGAUAUGGGUGAAAACGUGGGGCUGCUCCCACAAUUCUUCCGACUCGGAGUAUAUGGCAGGGAUGCUGACCGCGGCCGGAUAUCCCCUUGUCAACGACAAGUUUGAAGCACAGCUCUGGUUACUCAAUAGUUGCACUGUAAAAAGUCCUUCAGAGGAGCACUUAAAAAACACCAUCAACAAGGCGUUGGAAGAAGGCAGAAAAGUGGUCGUGGCAGGUUGUGUCUCUCAAGCAGAUCCGAAAGCCGAGUUUCUAUCUGGUUUAAGCGUCAUUGGGGUACAUCAGACGGACCGGGUAGUAGAGGUGGUGGAGGAAACUCUCAAGGGAAAUUCCGUCAGGCUUCUCGGGACAAAAUCUAUUAAGGGUCGCAAGCUUGGCGGAUCCUAUUUGGAUCUACCGAAAAUUCGUCGUAACCCUUUCGUCGAAAUACUCGCUAUAAAUACUGGGUGUCUAAAUCAUUGCACGUAUUGCAAGACCAAAAUGGCUCGCGGUAAUUUGGGCAGCUAUCCAAUAGAAGAAAUUGUGGAACGCUGCCGACAAAGUUUUCGGGAAGGCGUUAAGGAAAUCUGGAUGACCAGUGAGGACACAGGAGCAUAUGGACGAGAUAUCGGCGUAACUCUUCCAGAUCUUCUGCGUCAGGUUAUCAAGGAAAUCCCUGAAGGCUGCCGGCUUCGCUUAGGAAUGACGAAUCCACCAUAUAUUAUGGAUCACCUCGAAGAGAUCGCGGAGAUCCUGCUCCAUCCUCGAGUAUAUUCGUUCCUUCAUGUACCCGUACAAAGCGGUAGCGAUCCGGUGCUCAAGGAAAUGCGUCGAGAAUACACAAGAGUUCAAUUCUGUCAGUUAGUGGACUACCUUCGCAAGCAUGUGCCAGGCAUUACCAUCGCUACUGAUAUCAUAUGUGGCUUUCCCACAGAGACAGAACAAGAUUUCGAUGAGACAAUGUCGCUUUGCGCAAAGUACGGUUUUCCAACGCUGUACAUUAAUCAGUUCUACCCUCGGCCCGGUACACCCGCUGCACGCAUGAAAAGGAUUCCAACGGAUAUUGUGAAGAACCGUACGCGAAGGUUGACCCAGCUGUUUGAUACCGUAUUGCCAUAUGAAAACAGAGUGGGACGAGAGUACGAUGUACUUGUAACAGAGAUUGCUGCAGAUAAGAAGCAUUUCGUCGGACACAAUAAAUUCUAUGAGCAGAUACUUGUUCCGGCUAGAGAUGAGUAUAUGGGAGCUAAUUUGAGGGUGAAAGUCGUAGAAACAGGUAAACACUUCAUGAAGGCAGAUGUGAUUAUAAUGAUCAGACCAGCAGAGAGGAUUCCUACCGUAUCGGUCCAGAUGAUUAUACCCGUUGUAAUCGUGUGCACGCUCGUCGCACUAAUAACAGUAAAAGUUCUGAUACAACGCUAACGUCAACAGUACUACGUAGUGUUUGUAAUGGAAGAGGAAAUGUACAUUUCAGACAAAUUCGAACAAUGUUGUACAUUUUUACAUUGAACAAUUUAGUGGACAAGUAUAUCAGUCGGUAGAUCAGUCUUCUUGAAGAAGCGUCUUAUAAUGGAUGCUAUAUUUGAAAAUUUACCCCGCAUUCCUCUUUUGUUAAAAAUAAUAACUGCACGAUAGAAUUGCAAUGUCACUUUCGUUAAAAUUUUCUUAAUAAACGUAAAAGAACAACCAAGUAUUGAUAUCAGUGUUCUGGCUGGAGAAGUUGCCCCUAAUAUAUUGGAUAAAAACGUCAUCGUUAAAUACAGUGUUAUUAAAGCAUACAAUAGUACUGACCUUAUUUGUGUUUAUAAUCAUUCGUCAAGUUUGAAAAGAUAAAUGAGACAUUCUGUAUUUCUCAUUUAU